AUGUUAUCAACGGCAGCUGAUACGACUAGUGAAUUUAUUGAUAGUAAAUCAGUUGCUGGUGACACACAUCUUGGUGAUGAAGAUUACAACAAUCGACUUGUAAAUCAUUUCGUACAAGAAUUCAACCGAAAAUUUAAGGAAGAUUUUACGAUAAAUGUACGUACUUUUCGUCGAUUAAGGAUAGCUUGUGAAUGUGCAAAGCGUGAACUUUCAUCAUCAUUAAAAUCUUCCAUAGAAAUAGAUUCCAUUUUCAAAGGUAUCGAUUUUUAUACCUCCUUAACACGUGCAAAAUUUGAAGAAUUGAAUCAAAACUUGUUUCAAUCUACAAUGAAACAUGUUGAAAAAUUCUUCAAUGAUAAAGAACUAAACAAAUCUGUUAAUCCUGAUGAAGCCAUGGCCUAUGGUGCUGCUAUUCAGGCUGCUAUUUUAUCUGGUGAUACUUCUGAAAAGUCCCAAGAUUUACUUUUACUCAAUAUCACUACUUUAUCUCUGGGACUUGAAACAACCAGCGGUAUCAUAACACCAUUUAUUAAAUGUAAUACUACAGUACUACUAAAAAAUCCAAAAUUAUUUCAACAGAUUUUGAAAAUUAAUCGAAAAUGA